GAUGGCGGAGGCGGGGGUGAGUCGGGGUCCUCCUGCGGAGCGCGGGGGGCACGGCGCUGCGGGAAGCGGCCCGAGGAGGGGGCGGCUUUCGGGAAGAGGAGCCGCUUGUGGUUGCGCAGCCCGGGAAGCCUGCCGGCAGGAUUUCUGGUAGGUCCUCUUUUAGGAUAAGAUGCUGUGACUUGAAACACCAGUCUACUUUGAUUCACAGACAGUUGGCUUUCCAGCUGGGAAGCCUUCCCCCACCCCCCCUUCCUGGUUUACUGAACUUAUGAAACCAUGGCAGAAGAAGAGACAGAGUCACCUGGGCCCAAAAAACGUGGCCCCUACAUUUCAUCUGUCACUAGCAGGAGUGUGAACUUGAUGAUUCGUGGAGUGGUGCUGUUUUUUAUUGGAGUAUUUCUUGCAUUAGUGUUAAAUUUACUUCAGAUUCAGAGAAAUGUGACACUCUUUCCACCUGAUGUGAUCGCAAGCAUCUUUUCUUCAGCAUGGUGGGUACCGCCAUGCUGUGGCACAGCCUCAGCUGUGAUUGGGUUAUUAUACCCUUGCAUUGACAGGCAUCUAGGAGAGCCACAUAAAUUUAAAAGAGAGUGGUCCAGUGUGAUGCGGUGCGUAGCCGUCUUUGUUGGUAUAAAUCAUGCCAGCGCUAAAGUGGAUUUUGAUAACAACAUACAGUUGUCUCUCACACUGGCUGCACUCUCCAUUGGACUAUGGUGGACCUUUGAUAGAUCUAGAAGUGGUUUUGGCCUUGGAGUAGGAAUUGCUUUCUUGGCAACCUUGGUCACUCAGCUGCUAGUCUAUAAUGGUGUUUAUCAAUAUACAUCUCCAGAUUUUCUCUAUGUUCGUUCUUGGUUACCAUGUAUAUUUUUUGCUGGAGGCAUAACAAUGGGAAACAUUGGUCGACAACUGGCAAUGUAUGAAUGUAAAGUUACUGCAGAAAAAUCUCAUCAGGAAUGAAGAAGCAAAAAUAUAUCUUUUGUACAAAAAACAAGAAGAAAAGGGCAUGGAAAUGAUAACUAUAUCAAAACUUUGGACUGUCAAAUUGCCAGGAUGCAGUUUUCCCCUUGAUUGGUGUAUACAUAUAUGUGUGUGUGUGUGUGUGUGUAUGCGUAUAUAUAGACAUAAAUAUAUACGCAUACACACACACAUAUGUAUGCACAUAUGCAUACAUAUGCACAUACACAUAUAUUACUAUAUUACUGCAAUCUGUGAUUGCUUCAUCUGUAAAUCAGUUACAAACCUUGAUGUAUUUGACUUAAAUAACUAUAAAAUAUAUAUAUGCACUACAUUAAACAUGUUCAUUAAUAGAUGAAAUUUUUUAAUUAAUUUUUUAAACAUACCAUAUAUUGUAUCACAAUGUUGAUGUGCCAAAAUAUUGUUAUUGUCAUGCAGAGUAUAAGAAUGCUUGAACAGUUUAUAAACUUAGUGAAAUAAAAUACAAAGAAAGCCAAAAAAGAGAAAAAAAAAAAAAAGAAAAAUGGAAAGUUAGAAUAUUCUCUUUUGCUUACUGUUGCACCUUUUCAUUUUUCUAAUCACAGCAGUAUGGGUUAUGGGUGCCCUGAAGUAUGGUUAGUUUCUAUUUUAAUGUUGUCUCAGAGAGCUUUGGGUGUUUUAAUUUAUAAUGAAAAUGAACUUCCACAGAACAUUUUCAAACCUGCAUUACUGGAGAGUGUCCAAAAAGGAAUUAUACUGGAGGUAAAAGUGAUGAGUAGGAGAGGUUAUCAGCAUUAAAUUGUUUCAAGUCAAAGUCUGCAAGACUACAUAUAAUUAAAAGAAGGCACCAUUGGGAAAUUUAGCUAGAAUAAAUAUGUUGUAGAAAUACAAAUGACCUUUUGCAGUGCCACAGAGUCUUAAAUGAUAUUGUCACUUGCAAUACAGUAUCCCAUUGCUUUUGCACAUGGAACAUGCAAGAAACCCCAAACAGCAAAAUGAAGUUUCUAAUUCUCCUAGAUUCUGUAAUCUGUUGGGUUCUAUGAAGUAAAACCACAUUGGUGGGGCUGGGUCAUGUGACUGACUGUCAGUGGAAUGCCAUUUGGGAGAUGGAGGAGCACAUCACUUUUUACAUAUUCACAUGUCUAUUAGUGAACAGUUCGAGCCUGCUCAAGAAUGUCCUGAGAUGGCAUAUACUGUGCAUGUUAAAGAUCUCAAUAGCGGUUUUGUGCAUAUCUUUCCAACAAUGGGAACCAUUUAAAUGUGUUUACAUAUUUUUAGUUAACUUUUUCCCUAUUUUUGAAAUUGAUGGCAAUUGUCUGAUACAUAAGGGUGGAACUUUCAGCUUACUUUGGGGGUGUGUGUGUGUGUGUGUAUGUGUUGGAUUGAGUGAAAGAGAUGAUGUACGUGUGAAAAUGUAUGUGCAUGUGCCUGUGCUCUCGUAAUAUGUCAACUAGAUAAAUAUCUAGUUUCAAUUUUGGGUUUUAAAACCAUUGCUGUCAGACUGACAUCUCAUGCCAAACUGUAAUCUGCUUUUACAUUUUAAGGCUGAAAGUGUGAAAAUCCUAAAAGGAUUUCAUAUUGAAUAUAUGUACACAAUCUUAACUAUAGUGGUGGUAAACAUACUACUAUAAUUUAUUAUUCUAUCUUCCAGAUAAUGUUAUUCAUUUAGAACAAAUAAGGUAUAUUUUUAGAAACAACUUUGUAAGCACUAUAAAUCUUUAAUAAGUUAUAAGGUCUAUGAUGUGUUUACUUUGAAAAUUGCUGUUAAAAGCAAGAUGUAUUAAAUAUAUAAUUAUCAUCUUGAUUAAGAGUCUUUCUUUUUCUUCCUCGUGCUAAAUCUUAGAAUCUAAUUUUGAGGAUUAAUUUAAUAAGAUUAACAUGUAUGGUUGAAUUUGCUAAGAAAUAAUGAAAGGAAACCGAGUCUAAUAAUGUUACAGGAAUUGAAUGAUUAUCACUUGGGAAUUCUCAGAUUGUUUUCAGAUGAUCUAGAAAACAAAAGAUAUUAAUGGCAAAAAAUAAAAUUGUUUUUAUGUUUUGAUAA